AUGGUGGAGAGCGUGCUGCGGGCGUCCGGCUACCGCACCGGCCUCUUCACCAGCCCCCACCUGUGCGACGUGCGGGAGCGUGUGCGCAUCAACGGGCAGAUGGUGAGCCGCGGCCUGUUCGAGGAACACUUUUGGCGGUGCCACGACGCCCUGAGCGCGGCCGCGACGGCCGAGGUCGGCAUGCCGGGCUAUUUCCGGUUCAUCACGCUGCUGGGCCUCAGCAUAUUCCUGUCCCAGGAUCUGGAUGUGGUGGUGCUGGAGGUCGGCAUCGGAGGCCGCCUGGACGCAACAAACGUCAUCCCCCACCCCGCGGUGUGCGGUGUGACAUCACUGGGUUUCGACCACAUGGAGCUGCUGGGUGACACCCUGCCCAAGAUUGCGCGCGAGAAGGGCGGCAUCCUCAAGAGGGGCAGCCCGGCCUGGAGCGUGGCGCAGCCGGACGACGCGAUGGAGGCGCUGCGGGAGUGCGCGGAGCAAGCCGGCACGACCAUCUCUGUGCCACCGCCCCUCUCAGCCUACACACUGGACGGGGCGCCCCCUUCAGCACGGGGGGACGGCCUGCGGCUGCAGCUGUCAGGGGCCCACCAGCUGGUCAAUGCGUCGCUGGCGGUGCAGCUCGCGGCCGCGUGGGAGGCCGCGCGGGGCGGGGAGCGGGCCGAGGGGCGCGCGGCCAUGGUGGCGCGGGGGGUGCUGCCUGCAGAGUACAGGGCCGGCCUGGAGGCUGCGGCUUGGCCGGGGCGCAGCCAGGUAGUGGAGGACGAAGAGUUUGCUGAGCAGGGGGGCGGCAGCCGCCUCACCUUCUAUCUGGACGGCGCGCACACGCCAGAGAGCAUGGCGGCCUGCGCAGAGUGGUUCGCAGACGCGUCGGGCCCCGACGGCGGCAGCCAGCAGCAACAUGCAUCAGCAGGCGCCACCGUCAGCAGCAGCGGCAGCGGCGGCAGCAGUGGUGGCAGCGGCGGGCAGCAGCACAAGCAGGGGCCCCUGCCCCAGUCCGUCCUGAUGUUCAACUGCAUGAAGGAACGAGACCCGGCCGCCCUGCUGCCCGCGCUGCACGGCUCCCUGGCGCGCCGCGGCGUCGAAUUCGACGCCGCCCUGUUUGUGCCGCCAGACAGCCAGUACGCGUUCCUGGCCAGCGCCAAGAGCGCCCCCAAGGUGCAGGAGAUCAUCGCGGACGUGUCGUGGCAGGCGGCGCUGCGCGACGUGUGGGAGCGCAGCCUGCCUCAGCAGGCGGCGGCUCGCGCGACGGGGGCAGGCCGGAACGGCCCGCAGGAUGCCGCGCGCGGCGCCGUCGCGCCCUCCGUCAGCGGCGCCCUGGCCACGCUGCGCGCGGCGGUCCGGUCGACGCCCGGGCUGCGGCUGCGUGUGCUGGUGACGGGGUCGCUGUACCUGGUGGGGGACACGCUGCGGGCGCUGGGGCGCGCACCCAAGUGA